AUGGAGAGCGUCGUUCCGUUGCUCGCCGAGAGGCCGGGGGAGAAGGGAGCAUUGUUGAGGGAAGUGGUGAAGGAGUCCAAGAAGCUGUGGGAAGUCGUCGGCCCGGCCAUGUUCAUGAGGCUGGUGCUCUACAGCUUGAACGUCAUCGGCCAGGCCUUCGCCGGCCACAUCGGCGAUCUCGAGCUCGCCGCCUUCUCCAUCUCCAACACCGUCGUCUCCGGCCUCAGUUUUGGCUUUCUAUUCGGAAUGGCGAGUGCUCUUGAAACACUAUGCGGCCAAGCCUACGGCGCCAAGCAGCACUCCAUGCUCGGCAUCUACCUACAGCGUUCAUGGAUCAUCCUCCUCCUCUCCGCCUUGCUCCUCGUUCCGAUGUACGUCUUCACGGCGCCACUGCUGGUCGCGCUGGGCCAGCCUGCGGAGGUGGCGCGCCUGGCCGGCGAGGUCAGCAUGUGCAUGCUCCCGAUGCACUUCCUGUUCGCCAUCAUCCUGCCGCUCAACAAGUUCUUCCAGAGCCAGCGCAAGAACUGGGUCAUGGCGGCGUCGGCGGCGGUGUCCUUCCUGGUGCACGUUGCGACGAGCUGGCUGCUGGUGGUCUACUUCCGGUUCGGGGUUAUGGGCGCCGCCAUGGCUUUUAAUGUCUCCUGGGGUGUCAGCAUGGUGCUGCAGCUCGCAUAUGCCGUCGGCGGCGGGUGCCCGGAGACGUGGAGUGGGUUCUCGCCGUCGGCGUUCGUUGAUCUUUGGGGGUUUGUCAAGCUAUCGGCGUCAUCUGGCGUCAUGGUAUGCUUGGAGAGUUCUUACUACAAGGUACUGCUAUUGCUUACGGGACACCUGAAGGAUUCUGAACUGGCCGUGGAUGCCCUUUCUAUCUGGUACAUUUUCUACCUCUUUAGUCAUCCUCCUAAUUCUGUGAAAUCAUUCACCUAUGAAUGUCCAACUAGUUGGAACCGUUGGAAUUAA